AUGUCUCAUGUUGUAGUGCUGCAAGUGAUGAGCAUGGCGGACCCGAUCUCCAUCAUCGGAGCGGUCAUUGCCACCAUUGGUGCCAUCGAGCGGACCAGCAAGUUCAUCGACGGGAUGGUGGGCGCGCCGGAAUCCAUCAAAGACGCUCUGAAUUCCAAGGGGGUGUUCAGCUUCUGCAAAAAGACGACCAUGAACGCCAGUUCAGGUCGUCACGUUACCAAGAUCGACCAACGCAUGAAGGAGAUGCAGAUCAAGUUGGGAAUCGACAACGUAUCGAGGGCCGACUCUGACUACGCCGGCUCGGAAGACACCGACUACCGAUGUACCGUCCGGACCAAAGAAUGGGUGAUGGCAGACGAGACAAUUGUGGAAGAAGAUGACGAUUCAGUAAUCACGGAUGAUCUCGAUCAUGAUCCAAACGUCGUUGUGGAUUCUAUGGAGCAGAGACACCACCUUCAAGAAGUAACGAGAGCCCAGCGUGUUUGCCAUUCAGCAUCAGUUUCUCCAGGAAUCUCCGCCGAGCGCGUCGACGCCUCAUCAAUGUGGUCCGCCCAGCGCCAUGAGUCGGAGUCUGAUUGGAGCGAGGAUCCAAUGCCCCCUGAUUUGAGACGCUUGUCUAUGUCUGGGAUAAUGAUACAGAUGGACAAUUUCAGAGGGCCACACCAGGAUACAGUGUCUUCCCAAUACAGCGAUAGCCCUGACAACGUAAUGGAAGCCACCGACAUGCGCCCCAGAGGUUUUGGCACAAGCGCAGACUCACCCAGAGAUGACGGACCGCUUUCUUUUGGAAUGACUGUUACGGGACGUUUGGGCAUUGGCUCCGAUUUAUCCCAAAGGGAAACAGCCCAGGUCAAUGCUCCCGUGCUGGCAGGCCCGACAUUUCCUGCUUUCCCGCUAGUUCGCGCGAGAGGGUAG